AGCAGCAGCUUUCAUUGUGCCACAGCGAAAUGUUGAACAUCAGUGGGCUGCCUCUGCCGCUCACUGCCUCUGCAGCUCACCUGGAGCAGACAGUCUGCUCCAGGGCCUCAGACUGUCUGCUGCAGCCUUUCUGGGACUAUUUGCUUUUUCACCACCGGCCUCUCAUUUCAUCUCCUUUUUUCCCAGUCCUACUUGCUUUUUCCAGCUAUUUCUUCUUCAGUAUACCUUUUGCUGUACUGGAUCUCUUGGGAGAAAAGGUGCCCUUAAUGUAUCAGUACAAGAUCCAACCAGACAGGCAGCCAACACUGGGAAUGAUGGCUAAGAGCUUCAAUACAGCGCUGUAUAACCACAUCUUCUUUGUUCUCCCAAGUGUAUUCAUUGGCAUGUUCAUAUUGCCAGCACCAGCACUGCCACAGGAGGCUCCUUCGCUGUAUGAGGUAUUUAUUGAUGGACUGGCUGUACUUCUACUCUUUGACACUCAGUACUACAUUUGGCAUUUCAUACAUCACAAGCACCCACAGCUUUACCGGUGGAUCCAUGCAAUCCACCAUGAAUACAUGGCACCUUUCUCGUGGUCAACGGAGCAGCUCAGCAUCCCGGAGCUGAUGACUGUGGGCGUCUGGAGCAACCAGGACCCUGUUCUUUUGAAGUGUCACCCGCUGACCACAUGGUGCGUCACAAUUUUCAGUAUCUGGAUGUCUGUGGAGGACCACAUAGGCUACAACCUGCCGUGGACCCUCAACCAUCUGGUGCCUUUUGGUCUGCUGGGUGGUGCACCAGCUCAUGACAUGCACCACCAGAAGCCGAACAGUAACUACGCUCCUUUCUUCAGACACUGGGACAUAAUCUUUGGCACCACCGUCCCUCUGAAAAAAAAAACUAUGAGAAGAUGAUAACAACUGAAGGCAAUUCUGUAAAUACUGCAUGUUUGGUGUUUUGUGAGUUAUUGUCACAAUUCUAUCUUAAAUAACUAAUGUCCCUGUAAUUUUGUAGCACUUGCUGCCUCCUUGCUGCUCCUCCUGGUUUUCUAUGUGAGGCCGCUUUCUCAAUGGACAAACCUCAUGAGAUACAAUAUAAAACUUGUUGAAAAGUGAAUUUUUUUUUAUGGCAAUUCAUUCAAUAACAUUAUUCUGUUUAUGGAAAAUCUGGCACUAUUGUUUCUCUCUGUGUUAUAUAGAAUAUCAGUUACAUA